AUGUUAUAUCCAUUAUCGUUUUCACGAAAUUUACUCAAGAAUAUGGAAACAUUAGGUCCCAAAUAUUAUGGAAUUUUGUGUGGAAUAUUGGUUAUUUUUAGUCUUAUGCGUAAUAUUGUUGAAUGUCAAAUGGUUCCAACCGAUGAACCAAAAACGAGUGAAUCUUCGGUGAAUGACAAUGCAAAGACUACUUCUACUGGUCCAACAUUGGCAAUGAGUUUGGGAUUUGGAUUUCUUUGUGUAACACUAGUCAAUUUAAGCGCCUUACUUGGAGUCAUAUUUACCCUUCUCAAAAAAUAUCGUUUUUUUCCUACACUACUUUCAUUUAUGGUUGCUACUGCUGUCGGCUCUUUAUUGUCAACUUCCAUAAUUGUACUUGUACCUGAGGCAUUGGAACUUGUUGGCAAUGCGAAUGAAAAUCAUGCUUUGGGUACCAACUGGUAUUUGCCUAAAGCGAUAUCUGUAUGCGCUGGUGUUUUAUUUUUCUACAUUUUGGAAUAUAUGCUCCGUCUUCUUCCAAGUUGUUUCCAGGGUAAACAAUCAAAAUCUAACAAUCAAAAUGGUGUUGAUAUGGAGCAUAUUCAUGACCAUCAUAAUCAUCAUCAUCACCAUAAUAAUUAUGGUUCAUAUAAUCAUAGGAAAACUCCAACAGUAAUAGCUGUCGAAUGUGCUGGUGAAGACGGUGAUAAAGAUGUUCCUACACCGAAUCAUCAUCAUAAUCAAGUGAAAUCGAAGAAUAAGUUAGAAAAAGUAGGCGAUAUUAUAAGUGUACAUUGUGAAACAUCGAAUGAAGGCGAGAUGAAUCAUUUGCCUACAUAUGAUGAACUUUCUACAGAUCUUAGUAAUAAACCAGUUAACGGUGAAGGAUUAAAUCUAGACUCAGCGAUUGACUUGUCAUUGCACACAAAGAAAGAGGAUAAAACUUGGGCACAAAGAAUACGUGAACUAGAACCAGUUGGUUGGAUGAUAUUCAUUGGAGAUGGUGCACAUAAUUUUAUGGAUGGAUUAUCUAUAGGUGUUGGAUUUUCACAAAGUAUUGGCCUGGGUAUAAGUUUAACACUAGCUGUGUUAUGUGAAGAAAUUCCACAUGAAUUAGGUGAUAUUGCUGUACUUUUACGUUGUGGUUUAACUGUACCAUUGGCUAUGGCAUUCAAUUUCGCUUCUGCAUGUACAGCCUAUAUUGGAUUUUUUAUUGGUAUAUCUGUUGGUGAAUUGUCUGAUGUAGCACCAUAUGUGUUUGCUGUGACUGCUGGAUUCUUCUUGUACAUUGCACUUGCAGAUAUGCUUCCAGAAAUGCGCGCAAUGGAAGAUGCUAAAAAAGCGGAAAGUGGCAGUGGUUGGGGAAUAUUCCUUACUAAUCUACUCGGUUUACUAUUUGGUUUUGGAUGUAUUGUUACAAUAACAUUCACUAGCCAGUAUAUUAAUAUUGGAUAA